CCUGAAUCUCAGGAGGCCGAAGUCAGCCAAAUGUGCCGCAACAUCCGCCAAGACGCCACACGGGACGAAUAAUCACGUUUAAUUCUCUUUCUGACGUUGUUGCUGGUUCCCACCAUGUCGACAACCAGUCAGAAGCAUCGCAACUUCGUGGCUGAGCCCAUGGGGGAGAAAGAGGUGACACAGCUGGCAGGCAUUGGCGAUGUCCUUGGAGAAAGAUUAGCAAGUAAAGGCUUCGAUAAGGCCUAUGUAGUUCUUGGUCAGUUCCUAGUUUUGAAGAAGAACCGGGACCUGUUCAUUGACUGGUUGAAGGACACAGCUGGUGCCAAUGCCAAACAGUCUGGAGAUUGCCACCAGUGCCUAUCUGACUGGUGUGAGGAGUUCUUGUAAACUACUGGAAUACUACUGCAGUCACUUUAUAGCUCUCUCUUUGGGCUUGAAUUAAUUUCAUUCCAUAGCCAGAUAAAUGGACUAUAAUUUUUGAACUUGUUUUAAAAUACAUUUUAUUGAUCACAAACAAACAAUUAGGAAAAUAUGAUUUUUAGCAUCUUUCUUGAAAUUAGUUUUUGUUCUGAAUUCAGAAGCAAAGUUUCCUUUCUUAUGCAUACCUGUGUAGAAUCAUUCGUGUUGCUAAACUUUAAAUUGCCAUGUAGAAAACAAAUUGGAAGCAGGGCAGCUUAUAUUUUUUAUUGGCUUGAAAAUACAGAGCCACAAUAACAAGUGCUGUUUCUGAUAAAGGUAACAAUUUUAUAACUUUUAUUGACAUGAAACCUUUGUUGAUAUGAAAUAAAAUGCAUUUUUUAUAAA